CGCUUCCGUUUUGGCGGCCAUUUCUCUUAGCGUCGAGCGGCUCGGCUCGGCGGCGGCUGCUCGGGUCACGAGGGGCUUGCAGCGGCGAGGUCGGCGGCUAGCGGGGUGCGGCGCUCGCGGUGUUCGCGAUGAGUUUACCCCUCAAUCCCAAGCCUUUCCUCAAUGGACUGACAGGAAAGCCAGUGAUGGUGAAACUCAAGUGGGGGAUGGAAUAUAAAGGCUACCUGGUCUCUGUAGAUGGCUACAUGAACAUGCAGCUUGCAAAUACAGAAGAAUACAUAGAUGGUGCAUUGUCUGGACAUCUGGGUGAAGUUCUAAUAAGGUGUAAUAAUGUCCUUUAUAUCAGAGGUGUGGAAGAAGAGGAAGAAGAUGGGGAAAUGAGAGAAUAGCAUCUUUGGGGUUUUGGGUUUUUUUUUAUAUAUAUGUAUUUCUAUACAAUAAAGAUUUGGGUUUUUUUCAA